GGGCUAUUUAAAGGGCCUGGACAGAGCGUUGCCCAGGGAGCGAGGCUGACCAUGGCCGCUUCGGAGCUGAGCUGCCAGGUGUCGGAGGAGAACUCUGAGCGCCGGGAGGCCUUCUGGGCUGAGUGGAAGGACCUCACGCUGUCCACGAGGCCUGAGGAGGGUUGCUCCCUGCACGAGGAGGACGCGCAGCGGCAUGAGACCUACCACCAGCAGGGGCAGUGCCAGGCGCUGGUGCAGCGCUCCCCCUGGCUGGUGAUGCGCAUGGGCAUCCUCGGCCGGGGGCUGCAGGAGUACCUGCUGCCUUACCAGAGGGUGCUGCCCCUGCCCAUCUUCACCCCCACGAAGAUGGGCGCCGCCAAGGAGGAGCGCGAGGACACCCCCGCCCAGCUGCGGGAGCUGCUGGCCCUGGAGACGGCCCUGGGUGGCCAGUGUGCGGAGCGCCAGGACGUGGCCGAGAUCACCAAGCAGCUGCCCCCCGUGGUGUCGGUCAGCAAGCCCGGCACCCUUCGCCGCUCUCUGUCCCGCUCCAUGUCCCAGGAAGCACAGAGAGGCUGAGAGAGACUGGCUCAGGCUCGGCCGUGCCCACGCCGGGCUGGGCCCCUCCUGGCUAGCACCACGGAGGGGAGCCGCUGGCCGUGGAUGCUUUGUAGUUUGCCCAGAGUUGGGGGCUAGGCAAAGGGGGAGCCGGAGGCCAGGGUGCCUGGGUCCCCUGAGUUCCCAAAGGAAGAAGGGGAGCGAAGACAGUGGGCGCUCAGCGUGGAGAGCUGGGGGCCAGCACAGCUGAGCACCCCCAGCCCGAGGAGAAGGGGCAAGGAUGCUGGUGAGGGACAGGUGCUUGAGAGGGGUGAGCCGGCUCAGAGGAGGACACGGGGAGGAGUCAGGAGGUCCGGAAGGCUCUGGGAAGAGGCUUGGAGGAGACUGGAGGGGGGGGGGGACAUGAAGAGGCAGAGGCAGGUGGAGCCCCCAGCACCCGGUUAGCGCUGCAAUAAAUGCUCAAUGGUGUUCCA